UCACUGGUUCGAAUCCGGUAGGUCGGAUUUUUUUAAAAAGUUUCAGUUUUAAUUUUUUGCCAAAUCUCAAUCCCACCUGUGCCUUUUCGCUAAAACAGAACACAUAUACAAAAGCCUCUCUCUAACACUCUCUCAGUUGAAUCCAAAAUUCAAUGGCUUGGCGCCUGGUCCUGACCAGAACCAACACCAAAACCCAAACUCUAAACCCCAACUCAAACCCAUUUCUCUCACUCUUCUUCACCUCCCCAUUCUCCACUUCCUUUCUCGUCACCAAAACCCCCAAAAAGUUCAAGAAAAAACGCAAGCGAAACAAAGAAUCCCCACGCACAAAACACGUCCAAUCCAACCCAAACCUAAUCCCCCACUUCGAGCGCAUCGUCGAGCGCGACUCCCACUUCCGAUUCGCCACCAAAUCCAAGACCUUCCUCUCCUCCCAACCCGAACACGUCCUCCGCCUCGACGACGCCGGCAAGCUCCACCGCGAGCUCGGCUUCCCUCGCGGCCGCAAGGUCUCCCGCUCCAUCCUCCGCCACCCUCUGCUCUUCCAAACCUACCGCCACACCGACUCCAAGAUGUGGUUCGGGUUCACCGACUUAAUGGAAGACCUGCUCCUAGAAGAGCAAGCCAUUUUCAAUUCCAUGGAGUCCCAGCGCGUCACCACGGUUCGGAAAUUGCUCAUGAUGUCUGUUAAUAAGCGCAUUGCUUUGAGUAAAAUUCACCAUUGUAGGCAGAUUUUCGGGAUUCCUGAAGAUUUUCGUGACCGGGUUUUGAAGUACCCGGAUUUCUUUCGGGUUGUGGUUGAGGGAGAUGGGAGGAGAGUGCUUGAAUUGGUGAAUUGGGAUCCUUCUUUAGCUGUUAGUGCAUUGGAGAUGGAGUUUAUGGUUGAUGAGGAUAAGGCUAAGAGGGCAUUUAAGUUUCCAGUGAAACAUGGGAAGGAUUUGGAUUUGGAUUUCGACGAUUCCCGGAAGCUUAACUUGUUGAACACGCUUCCGUUGGUUUCGCCUUAUUCCGGGGAUGGUUCGAAGUUGGAUGUUUGGACAUUGGAGGCGGAGAAGUAUAGGGUAGGGGUUUUGCACGAGUUCUUGAGCUUGACAUUGGAGAAGAGGGCGUCUAUACAUCACAUUGUGGAGUUUAAGGAGGAGUUUAGUUUGACUAGACAUACUUAUCAGAUGCUUUUGAAGCAGCCCAGAACGUUCUAUUUGGCGGGGACCGAGAUGAACUGGGUUGUUUUCUUGAAAGAUGCUUAUGAUGAAAAUGGGGUUUUGAUCAACAAGGAUCCCCAGGUGGUUUUCAAUGAGAAGCUGUGUAGAUUAGCUGAAAUGCAGGAAAUGGAGCCAGGUUUUUGCCUCUAGAAGAACUGAAUUAUAGAUAAGAGUUUAAGCUAUACGAGUGUACUUGGAUUUCGUAUCAAUCAGUCUAUGUUGGGAUUGAGAAGGUUCAUUCUUAGGUGCUUUGCUUUUACUAAUAAAGUAGCACACCAAGGAAACUCAAUGCGUUUUAGUAUUGUAGAAAUGUAAGUUAACACACAACAGUUGACAGAAUUAAACUAAAGCAAAUGAAAAGAUCUACUAGGAAGUAGGAUCCAUGUAGGGGCAAGGACACAGUGUCAGCGAAGGUGUUUACAGGCUAGGCAUUCAUCCUACGAGGACUACAUGUGUAUGGUAAAUCAUGUAGCAGCAGUGCACAAGCUAGGAUAUUCAUUUAAUUCUCCAUUGCUUUGGACAUCUGAUGUAGAAGGUAAGGGUUGUGAGGUCGCUCCUUAAUUUCUCUUGAUUGGUAUUUCUGAUGACUUUCAUUUUUGCCAAAGAAAGUACUUAACAUGUUUUGCAACAAAAUCCUGUUGGCUUAUGUUUUUUCCAUAAAUCUAUCGGCUUAUGUUUUGGAGUUACC